ACCCAAUGAGGAUGAGGAGAGCUUUUAUUUCCCUCUAUAUAUCUGCAGACAGAUUUAGAUUGGGCAUCUGUCUGUUUCUUUAAGCGUCUCUCCUGCUAACACUCCACAGUUAGAAGACACGCAACUUAUGAAGAGAAAUGCACUGGCAUAGAAAGAGCUGGACUUGGUCCAUUACAUUGUGUACACUUGCUAUCUGCUUGGUCCUCAGUGGUGCUCAGCAUGAAUCGGGCUACUGUGCAUUUUAUGAUGAAUGUGGCCUAAACCCUGAUGUGGAUGAGGCCCUCAUUCCCCCGAAGGUGCCAUGUAAGGACUACAGAAAAGCAGUGAGUGUGACGGGAGACCAUUACAAGCUUUUGGAGGACGUGUGUCCGACGUUGGCCAAGGGUGAUGGUCAGACCCACGCCUGCUGCUCUGUAAAACAGCUCUACAGUCUGAGGACCAGCCUGACGCUGUCCAAAGCCGUGCUGAUCCGCUGCCCGUCUUGCGUUGACAACUUUGUACACAUUCACUGUAUUACCACCUGCAGUCCCAAUCAAAGCCAGAUAUUAAAAAUCACCAAAACAGCCAACAUCACCCAACCCCUGGGCAAUGUAAAGGAAGCAGUGACUGGUUACGAGACUUAUGUUUCGACCAGCUUCUCGGAUGCAGCUUUUAGGUCCUGCCAAAACGUACGAAUCCCAUCCACGGGAGAGUUUGCCAUCGGCACUAUGUGCGGCAAGUACGGCUCGACACUGUGCACACCGCAACGCUGGUAUGACUACCAAGGCGACUCUAGCAACGGACUGGCACCCUUAGAUAUAAAUUUUAAGCUCUUACCAGAAGGUCAAACAGCUGGGAUUCCACCAGGAGCUGUGCUGUUUUCAGAAAAAGCAUUGAAUUGUAAUGAGCCCACACCCACAGGUUGGGAAGCUUGCUUGUGCCAGGACUGCGUGGAGUCAUGUCCGGCCGUACCACAGCCAGGCCAGAAAACCAAUGUAAUACAAAAAAUUUAACUUUUCCUUCCUUUACCAGUUUAUCUCUGAUUCCCUCCCUCAUGCAUGCCUAAAAACAUAUCU